AUGGAAACAUUAGAGUGUGAGCUCCUCUGGUGCUGGCUCGGUGUUCCCUGUACAGCACUACGAGCCGUCAGGAUGAGUAACAGCCACCCCCUGCGCCCGUACACCGCCAUCGGGGAGAUCGACCACGUCCACAUUCUGUCGGAGAACGUGGGAGCGCUGAUCAACGGCGAAGAGUACAGCGACGUCACCUUCGUGGUGGAGAAGAUGAGGUUCCCCGCCCAUCGGGUCAUCCUGGCUGCCCGCUGCCAGUAUUUCAGAGCGUUGUUAUACGGAGGUAUGCGGGAGUCCCAGCCCCAAGCGGAGAUCUUCUUGCAGGACACGACGGCAGAGGCCUUCUCAAUGCUGAUAAAAUACAUCUACACGGGCCGAGCCAGCCUGAGAGAGGAGCGGGAGGAAGUUCUGCUCGAUUUCCUCAGCUUGGCACAUAAAUAUGGCUUCCCGGAGCUGGAAGACUCCACCUCGGAGUACCUGUGUACCAUCCUGAAGAUCCAGAAUGUCUGCAUGAUCUACGAUGUGGCCAGUCUGUACUCCCUGGGCAAACUCAGCUCCACCUGCUGUCUGUUCAUGGACCGCAGCGCACAGGACGUCCUAUCCAGUGAUGGCUUCCUCUCCCUGUCCAAGGGUGCCCUCCUGGAUAUCGUUCAGAGGGAUUCAUUCGCUGCUCCAGAGAAAGAUAUCUUUCAGGCCCUGAUGCGUUGGUGCCGGCACAACCCCAAUGAAAACCACACCGAGAUCAUGGCCGCCGUUCGCCUCCCGCUUAUGAGCCUGACCGAACUGCUCAAUGUGGUGAGACCGUCCGCACUGCUCUCCCCAGAUGCCAUCCUGGAUGCCAUUAAAGUGCGCUCCGAGAGCCGCGACAUGGACCUCAACUACCGUGGCAUGCUAAUCCCCGAGGAGAACAUCGCCACAAUGAAGUACGGUGCCCAGGUGGUGAAGGGGGAGCUAAAAUCUGCCCUCUUGGAUGGGGACACUCAGAACUAUGACCUGGAUCACGGCUUCUCCCGGCACCCAAUAGAAGACGACUGCCGAUCCGGGCUGCAGGUGAAGCUGGGGCAGCCGUCUAUUAUUAACCACAUCCGCCUCCUGCUGUGGGAUCGAGACAGCCGGUCGUACUCCUACCACAUCGAGGUCUCCAUGGAUGAACUGGACUGGAUCCGAGUCAUCGAUCAUUCACAUUUCUUUUGUCGCUCCUGGCAGAAACUCUACUUCCCCGCGCGAGUCUGCAGGUAA